AUGUUAUCGGCUGCAGAAGAACCUCGAACACCCACUCCGAGUCAUCAAACCCUCUCGGGAAAUGGUAGUGGUGGUACAGAAGGAAUGGAUGAUCUAAACAACGUGAGUGCCAUUCAAAACUCAUCAAUGAAUGGUCUCGAUGCAUCAGCAAUACUGGAUCCCUCUCAGUUAGAAUCAACAACAGCAUCGUCGCGGAUUCCUCCCUCAUCUAAUGCGAAUUCAAGACCUAGUACAAGCGCUUCCAACGUGAUGGGUGGGAAACAAUCGUCGAUGGGUUUUACACAAGGAAAAGGAGAGGAAUUAAGCCCCGAAUUGAUCAAACGAUAUACGGAAGCUUUUAAAUUGUAUGAAGCAAAAAAAUCCAUCAAACCAGGAAAAACUCCAGCAGCAGAAGCGGAUGACGGAAAAACAAAGAAAGAUGGAAAAGAUGCCAAAAAACCAGAUCCUAAAAAAACCAGUGCCAAAGAUUCCAAGAAAGCAGCUUCCACUCCACAACCAGAAACUCCACCUCAGCAACCUCAAAUUACUAUUUUGAAAAAUCAUGUACUUUUAUCGGAGCUCAUUAUUUUAAUGAGGGCUCUCAUGAAAAAUCCCAAAGAGAAAGAUUUACCUAUUUAUUUGAGUGUUCUUCCCAACGCGGAAGAAGUGACACAAAGGGGACAAUUGACUGUGGAUGAAUUUUUAAAAAUCAUGCAACAUUCUCCAAUUCCAAAUCAAGACGAUCAUUUUACGAUUCUAGAAGCAUUCGAAACAUUUGAUAGUUCAAAUUUCCAAGGAACCAUUGAACCUGAGGAAUUGAAAAACAUUCUUUUGAACUUGGGAGAAACCGAUUUAAUGACACCAGAGGAAGUUCAAGAAAUUAUUCAAUUAUUCACUGAUCCUGAGACCAAGCUCAUUCGAUACGACGAUUUUUUGAAGACAUGUCUUUCGAACACAGAUAUUCAUGACCCUCCACCACCAAAACCAAAAACAACGAAAAAGAGUUCAAAAGAAGGGAAUAAAUCAUCUGCCAAGUAA